AUGGCGACCAUGGAGCGAAACCCCAAGGACUCGAUGAAGUCGACCUGGCGCACCGCCGACCGCAGCGAGUGGAACUUUGCCCACUGGUUCUACGAGCUCUUCGACCUGCACCUCGUCGACCUGGACUCGCCCGUGCCCGUCCACGCCAAGGCCGACAAGAUGCCCUACGUGCCCGAGUUCGUCAUGCACCGCUGGAUCCUGACGCACGCCGUCGUCCCCGUCGCCCUCCAGCAGGUCUACUGCAUGUACACCGGCCACAACCUCAGCCCGCUCGCCACCCUGAUCCUCUACUCGGCGGCCUUCAAGUUCAACGCCAUCCGCCAGCUCAAGACGAUGCGCACCAUGGGCCGCCAGGUCGGCUUCCUCGACGGCGACGAGCACGAGCGCGACGGCAUCCCCGACGUCGGCGUCCUCAAGGUCUUGCUGUCCCUCAUCUACACCUCCAUCUCGCGCCCCGUCUUCACCGUGCUGCUGAGCUACCGCGCGGUCAUGACGCCACAGGACGUCAACUGGGCGUGGCUGCCCCUCGAGAUCGGGCUGUACGGCAUCAUCCUCGACUUUUGGUUCUACUGGUACCACCGGCUGAUGCACGACGUGUCGUUCCUGUGGAAGUACCACCGCACGCACCACCUGACCAAGCACCCGAACCCGCUGCUGACGCUCUACGCGGACACGGAGCAGGAGAUCUUCGACAUUGCGGGCAUCCCCAUCAUGACCUGGGUCACGAUGAAGCUGCUGGGCCUCCCGAUGAGUUUUUACGAGUGGUGGUUCUGCCACCAGUACGUCGUCUUCGCGGAGCUGGCCGGCCACAGCGGCCUCCGCCUGCUGGCGAACCCGCCGAGCACCAUGACGUGGCUGCUGAAGCUGUUCGGCGCGGAGCUGGUCAUCGAGGACCACGACCUGCACCACCGCAAGGGCUGGAAGAAGAGCGGCAACUACGGCAAGCAGACGCGGCUGUGGGACGUCGUCUUCGGCACCUGCAAGGACCGCAUCGAGACCAACAUGGAAAAGAUUGACUGGGAUACUGCGAUUGGAAUGCCUGCGUUCUAG